AUGCCCCGUCGUUGGUUUUCCGAUCGGCUCCAUGAUGCCUGGGGACGAGUGGCUGGUCGCCGUGGCCGGCAAAGGGACCAAGAAAGCCAAAGCUCUCAACACUAUGCGGAAAUAGUGGCUGCUCCCGAUGAGAGUCUGGAUAGGGCCAACCACCUCCACCUCCGUCGAGGUGCCUCUCUUCCAGAUCUCCUGGCCCGUGCCGCCCUGGGCCAUAUUCCCCCACCACUUCCUCUCGAUAGCCAAAGCCUUUGGGACACUCCAGCACCUGCCCUUUCCCCUGUUCAAUCCCAGUCAAGCGGUGCUAUUGGAUUCGGUACUUUCCUUGGGGAAUGCGAAAGAGAAGCAUCUCGUGAGGAUCAGCAUUUUAUCCCAGCGGCUAUCAUUACGACUCGUAACACUGUGUCCAUCGGUCAAGGGACUGAGGAUCAGCCUUGGAUGCUUCCCGGCCAAGAUUUCUUUCCUGAGAGCCAACCACUGGUUCCUAGCCAUCUGAGAACCGGAUUAUUUUUGAACUCUCAACUGGAGCAUCGCACGCUUGAGCCAUGCGACUGCUGCAGCCCAAAGUUCUUGGUCGGAGAUUGGCGGGCCUUGACUCUCGACCCCCUCACGAAUACCUUUACUCGUCACGAAUCUUUGGCAUCGUCCUCUGAGCUUCGCGGCCGAGACCAUCCCAAGUCCCAAGACAAAGUCUUUGCGAUCCCAAUCAAUGUUAUUACUAUUCACAGCGAUGUCUUUGCACUCCUACUUGAGGUUCUCGUCUCCCCGAACGGCCUCAUUGGCCAAGAAGACGAGCUCAACCUCCCGCUGUUGCUUUCCACAUUGUCAUAUGCUCUAGACCAAGGCAUGACCCGGGAGACUAAGAAGCUCAAGAGAACUAUUGAUCGUUACAUCCCCCUCCGCAUGUUCCACCACAAUCCUCACACCAAGUCACCUCGUCUGGAGUUUGAGUAUUACGAGUUCCGUUCCGAGGAAGUCUACCGAGCCUGGCUAGUAGUCUCUCAAGAUGCGAGACUCCGUGAUUACCUCUCUCCCAGUGAGGCGGUAACUCUUUAUGUCUGCUUAGUGCCUGAUUGGUGUUGGUCUGGCUGCAUUCACGACUACGACGAAAGGUUCAUAGAGGACACAAACACUGCCUUAGCCUCUAUUAAGGGCGACCCUGGGAGUCGGUUUGAGCAAGUCUUUCAAGGCUUCUUCAACCGCACACGACUCGGAUUGCAUUCUUGGACUGGAAGCGAUGCCCUCAGUGGUGGAGGCCAGGUCUCUGUGACCAAGACCGAGUCUCAUGAAGAAGCUCUGCAAGCAUUCGGCAACCAACCCCAAGUCCAACCAGACGGCGCUCUCACCCUCUAUGGCGUCCCGUUCCAGGGAACUCGGAAGGCAGCGCAUCGGAACCACCCUCCAGUAAGUGGAGGUGACUUGGAAGAAACCCUUCGGGGGUUUCAGGGGGGGCCACGCCGGGCUCUCGAUGCACUUUUCAUUGGUGCGCCUGGAGGUUCGGGUCACACCCCAACGCCCGGGACCCAAGGGGUGCCCUUCACGGGUGCUCUUGGUGACAUGCGUGAGAGCCCACGCAGGGUUCUCGAUGCACUUUUCACUGGUGGUGCUGGGGAGAUUGCUGAUGGGUCAGUUGAAGAUGGGAGUUUCAAUGGUAUGCGGGAGGGUUCGGAUUAA